AACGGUUUUUUUUAUUCGAAUCCUUCUUAAAUUCAGUAUCUGCGGGAUGCUGCUCCAGUCGUUGCAGCCCGUGGGACUGCUGUUUGUGCUGUUAAGAUUAUCCCCUGCUCAAGGUGCGGCCAAGCCCCAGCCGAACGCACGCAACACUGGCAACUGCCACUACGCAAAACACGCCAACCUGGAGCUCCUUUGCAGUGGCACGGUGAAUAUUGACACAUUUCUGCGUUGGCGGGACUUUCGGGCGCCCGACGGCACGCCCUUUACCAUUUGGACUGACCGUACAGUGUUCCUGGUAUCGUUUUACCGGUCGGACAUGUGGAGCUAUAGCAGAAUCAAGAUGUCGCGGCAGGGAAAAUUUAUGGCGACGAACAGGAACGGGAAGACGGUGGCGCUGAUCUUCCCCUACGGGACUGUGCACUGCUUCAAGAUCGGACUCCGUUACUUGAGCGAUCUGCAAAGCAGUUGCAUGGGAGAAGCCUAUAAUCCAAAUGAGAUUACCGCGUAUCCAGUCAUCCACUACGCCCACGACAGAUAUAAAAAGCGCUCUCUAUUGUCCACAGCCCGGAAUCGCCCCCAAGAACUGAUGUUCGUGCUGCUGGCCAUGCUCCAGCUAUUGGAUUUACUCUAGGUUAAAGACUGCCCUUCCCUUUUACGAUUAAAGACAUAAUCUAACUA